CCUGUGAUUCUUUAAAAUUUCAGAACGCUCCCCAAUCCUUUUUCCCGUUCCCGACUUCCUUUCCCUCUCGUCAUCUCCGUUCAAUUCUUCUAAAUUCAACAAAAUCCCGAAAACGCCCUUCGCAAAAAGUCACCGUUUUCCCUCGUUCACCUCAUUCCCUCGAUCCCUAAAAAUCUCCCUUUUCUUCAUCAAUUUCUCAAUCGCGAGCCCUAAUUUUCUCUCUCUUUCCCGAAUCCAACCACAAAUCGACUGAUCCUCGGGAAAGUGAGAGAAACAGGGAGAGGAAGAAAUCCGGCUGAUAUAUGGAGAGGAUCGUCGGAGAGAAGUACAAGCUAGGUCGCAAAAUCGGAAGCGGAUCGUUUGGCGAAAUCUUUCUCGCUACUCAUAUUGACACAGGUGAAACUGUCGCGGUAAAGAUUGAAAACAGGCAGACAAAACAUCCACAAUUGCUAUAUGAAGCCAAGCUAUAUAAUAUUCUUCAAGGAGGAAGUGGUAUUGCACAUAUAAAGUGGUGUGGAGUAAAUGGGGAAGAUAAUGUGCUUGUUCUUGACUUGCUGGGACCAAGUCUGGAAGACUUGUUUGUCUAUUGCGGGAGAAAAUUUUCAUUAAAAACAGUCUUAAUGUUGGCUGAUCAAAUGAUUACAAGAAUAGAAUUUAUGCAUGCUAAGGGGUUUCUGCAUAGAGACAUCAAACCGGAUAAUUUCCUCAUGGGUCUCGGCAGGAAAGCGAAUCAGGUCUACAUCAUUGACUUUGGUCUUGCCAAAAGAUAUCGUGAUCCCACCACAAAUCGUCAUAUUCCUUACAGGGAGAAUAAAAAUUUAACAGGGACUGCACGGUAUGCAAGUUGUAAUACUCAUCUUGGAAUUGAGCAAAGCCGUCGAGAUGAUUUAGAAUCGCUUGGCUAUGUUCUUUUGUAUUUCUUGAGAGGAAGCCUUCCUUGGCAGGGACUAAAAGCUGCUACAAAGAAGCAGAAGUAUGAUAAAAUAUGUGAGAAGAAGUUAUCAACACCCAUAGAGGUCUUGUGCAAGUCACACCCUGUGGAGUUUGCAUCAUACUUUCAUUAUUGCCACUCUUUGACAUUUGAUCAAAGGCCUGAUUAUGGAUUCUUGAAGCGCUUGUUUCAAGAUUUGUUUGCUCGAGAAGGAUAUGAGUUUGAUUACAUAUUUGACUGGACCAUUCUAAAGUACCAGCAGACACAAAGGACAAAGACACGUCUUCAAUCAUCUGAUAUGCAGCCUUUUUCUGGAACAAGUAACAGUCAAGCAAUGCCUAUGGAUAAGCUUAAAGGAAUCAAGGAUGCUUCUUAUUCAGGUGAAGCUAUGGAGCAGAGAGGACCACGUAACCUUGGUCGUCCAGAUGUUCGUAUGCAGUUUAGACCUUCAGUUGGUCAAAAUAUGAGUGAGAAACAUAUGGGGGGCAGUUCAGUAAUGCUACCCACUUCAGUUGCUCUGCCUGGUUCCUUGAAAAAAAAUCUGCCAAAAGCAGAGGGGCCAACUGAAGCUGCAAAUAAUGGCCGUGGGGCCAACAAGACUGGUGCUUCAAGCAGCUGGAUGCCAUCAUUUCACAGAAUAUCUUCAGCUAAGUGAUUGGUUGUGAUUUCGGCUUUGGAUUUUAGGGAACCAUAAUUGGUGUUGCAAGUGUCAUGAAGUUUGGACAUUGGAUAGCUCAAGAUCUUUGCUGAGAGAUGGCAGAUUGUGUUAUCUGCUUUCAACAAGGUGGUCAUGAGGGGGCAAAUGUGUGGGAUUGUGCUGGGAUCUGGUCCAUCAAAGCCUGGUUUUUUCUGCAUGCAUAGAUGGGGAGAAUGGUUAAGCCAGUUUCAUGUUUAAUUGUUCGAUGAAUGAUGUGUAAAGUGUUUUCUCCAUUCUUCUGUUAAUAGAUGAUAAGGUUUCAUUUGUGUGAUACGGUUGUUUUGACCUUGUAUCUCAUUUAAUUCAGAUGCAUUUGCUUUCUUUUCUCAUUGCUUCAUAAUUUGGAUCAGAGCCCUUGAUGUUUACCUGGAUCAAUUUGAAUCUAGGUACCUGCGUUCACCAGAGUCUGAAAAAGUACUGUAAUCUAUUGUUUCAGGUACUGGACUAUCUUGUUAGUUUUUGGAGAUUCUUGGUGGAUAUGAGAAGAGUUUAAUUGAUCAAUAGCAGUCACUGCUAAUAUUGAAGUGAUAUGAAGAUAGUUUUGUAAUUAUCCAUUUGGGGUAUGGAUCUGGGAGGUUUAUACCUUAGAGAAUUGAGGUCAAAGGGGAAAGAGCCAUGCUGAGGGCCAUGGCACAUAUUAUAAGAUGGAAACUUAAGCAGUCAAGGUGUCCUGAGUAUUAGGUAGCAUGCUUGCGUUGAAUUCCACCAAAGGUACUGUGGAAGUUCAACAAUGUUUUCCCCAAAUCAAGAAGUCCACAAGUUUGAACCUGA